AUGGAGGGUCCUAGGAAUCGAAAACAGCGACGAGCAGCAGCAGCAACAGCAACAUCCGCAGCUUCCGCCCCUGACUCCUCGUUCGAUCCAUCUUCGAUCCCCUUAGCCCAUCCUCAAAAACCUCCCCGCGACAACGUACCGAGAGGAAAGACGUUGGUGGAACUCAUUGCUGAAAGACAAAAUGAGAUCUUGGGCAAGGAACAGAGGGAUACUGCAAAGUCAGGUCCAGAAACGCAAUUCAUGUCCGUGGAUGCGUUAUCUGGCAAGAUUUCCCAGUUCGAUCCUUCAAUGCUUUCUAAGGAACAACGCGAUGAGGGCGACCGGGCAGGACCAGCGACCGUGAACUCGCAGAUCGAGCCGGGCACAGCUGACGACGGUGACGAUGCACCGAUUCCCCCAGUAAUCGACACGGUCCUACUCUCCGUACCACUGACGACAUUACACCUUACACUGGCCUACCUGGCGGCUCACCAAUACGCGGAAACGAUCGAGUUGGAAAAGCUUCUGCGCGAGUCUGCAUUUAUUGCAUUCCCCAUUCUGACGCUGCUCGUCCAUCUUGCUCAUGGACACCUCGUAUCCAUGCAUAGAGGGGAUUCGAAGCAGGAGAAAGUCUCGCUCUUCCCUUGGUCUCAAGACAAGCUCACACUUUCAUUCGUUCGGAAGUUGCUUUUUCCUCCGAGUCUGCGGACAAUGGCAUUUUUACCUGUUGCCGUCCUCCUGGGAACCAAGCUGAUGACUAUGACCAACGAGGACCCAUACUAUGCUGUUAUGAAGCGAGCCCCUGCCAUCGGAACUUUAUGGGUCUGGAGCAUUCUGGAAAUUCCAGUGGGCGCAGCUGCUUUAGGCGCACUGGGGCCGUUGAUCUGGGGUGUCUGGUGGAAAGGAUACGGUAUCUUUUAA